UCGUUCGGAGGCACUCAUUGUGGUGGCGGAGGGAUCGCGCGGAGACGACCGAGAGCGUCGUCAGUGGCGUCCAAAUGCCGCGGCCAGCGCUCGGCGGUACAUAAUGGACGGCGGAGAGCUAGUCAAAAGAAGAAUACGGGAUCCAAUUAUAUAUUCUCAUACAAUACACGUCACAAUGGAUUCAUCGUUCGUCAUAUCCUUGGCAUCGUGGAUAAUCCGUCAUUAAACUGCACACCAGCAGCCAUUCUCGAAUUCCCUUCAGAUGGUUUCACAAGAUUUCAAAGGCAACAUGGUUUUAUUCUAAUUCAUUGCGUGCUGGCGGUGUACUGCUUCCUACUGCUCGGCACUGUCUGUGAACAUUAUUUCGUGCCAGCGAUCGAGAUUAUCUGUGAACGUUUAGAUAUGGAGGCUGACAUAGCUGGUGCUACGUUUAUGGCUGCUGCCAGUUCCAGCCCAGAGUUGUUUAUUAAUUGCAUUGGAACUUUUGUCACUGAAGGAGAUUUGGGAGUCGGCGCUAUUGUUGGUUCAGCAGUAUUUAACGUCCUGGCUGUACCGGCUUGCUGUGCUUUAGUUGCGGGCAGGGUAAUAGAGUUGGAUUGGUGGUCAGUAUCCCGAGAUUGUAUGAUGUAUGCAGUAGCUGUAGUAGCACUGAUCUUAACCCUAAUAGAUGACAAAAUUUAUUGGUACGAGGCCCUACUUCUUGUACUUAUGUACACAUUUUAUAUCCUUGCUAUGGUUUACAACGGACGGAUCGGUGACUUCGCCAAAAGUAGUUGUUGUGUUAUAAAGAAGAAGAAACAAUAUACCGAAAUAACUCCUCUACUAAUUAAAGAUAAAAUGGGUUCUAUGGAAGCGUCACAUCAUAUGAAUUCGAAUGUAAAUGACGUAGAGCAGGGAAUAGUGGUUACCGCGAGACAUAAUUCAACUGAUUCUGAGUCUAGCACGAGCUCAGUAUGGUCAUGGCCUGAUGAGAAGUCAACGGGAAUGCAGAAAUUGUUCUGGAUCAUAUCAUGGCCGAUGAGUUUUAUAUUAUGGGCCACGAUACCAGACUGCAGAAAGCGUCCCCAUCUUUAUCCCCUCACUUUCGUUAUGUGUAUCACGUGGAUUGGAGGUGUAUCUUACUUAGUCGCUUGGAUCAUCACUAUUGUAGGUGACACACUCAAUAUACCCGACAGUAUCACAGGAUUGACAAUUUUAGCAGCUGGGACAAGUCUACCUGAAGCCGUAUCCAGCGUACUUGUGACAAAUCAAGGUCACGGAACAAUGGGUAUUAGUAAUUCAAUAGGAUCUAAUACAUUUGACAUUCUGCUGUGCUUAGGCCUACCGUGGCUUAUCAAAUCCUUAUUCUAUCCCUCAUAUCCUGAUAAUCACUGGGUAAAUAUCAACUCAAGCGGCUUAUCAUAUAGCGCUGUUUCACUUCUUUCAACGUUAAUCGCACUUUAUGGAUCUCUCGCUCUAAAUAAGUUUCAGCUGGAUUGGAAAGUUGGUGUUUCAUGCGCAUUAGUCUACGUUGGUUUUCUGGUGAUGGCCUCACUCAUCGAACUUAAUGUGCUAUUUGUCGUCAAUUUACCAAUAUGUCCACAUAUUUAAAUAUGAAAUUUAACAUAUACAUAAUCGUCGCAGAAAUAUUUUUAACGCUAUUAUAAAAUUUUUAUAUGAUAAAUCUUUUCUUGCAAUUUUAGCACUUGCCGCAAAAAAAUAUUUAACUGUAAGCGGCCAUCUUCCUUACUAGUGGUCGUCCAGUGGCCGAAAUUCGACCAUAAUUAAUUUAAAUUAUGAGUUUGAAUAUUAUUAACGUUCUUUUCUAAAAGACUAUACUU